GUGUCAUUAUUUUAUAUUAUAGGAUUUUAUAGUAUGAAGAAUACAAUUUGAAAGGAUAUUUUUCCCAUACCGGAGCGCAUAUGAAGUGACUAUGUUGAGCGUAAAAGUGAUGAUUUGAAACAGAUCCUAUAUGCUAGAUUUAGAGUUAUUUGUCAACUUUAUUUUGUGAAGGACACAAACCUUAGAAUGCCUUAGAAAUCAAAACGCAUGAUGUGACUUUAGGAUAUUGAUGAUCCGAGCGUCGCAAAAACGAAGCUUGCUCUCCCUCCGUUACAUGUUCUCAGGCUGCACACGCUAUUCUCUCAUCAAGUGAUCAUAUUUUCACCCAUCGAACUAUUCUCAAUUUUAAAAUUGUAUUUACUAAUGUGUCAAAUUAGUUUUAGAUUUAGAAUGUCCCUUUAUCACAUGGGCAGGAACAGAGAGGCAAGACAAAGACCCGUCAUCAGUAUGAACAGGAAUGGAGACCACAUUAUUUUUCCCUACUGAUGUCAGGUAGGCUACUCCGGUCAUUUCGCUGCGCAACAAGUGAUAUUCUGUAUGCCAUGGGCUCUCCAACCCCUGUUCCUGCAGCUACCCAGAGCCUCAUUUGCGAAACCAAGUGAAAUUGAUUUGGGAACAUCGAUAGUAAACAUAUUUUCAAAACGAAACCUUAUUUAAUUCAAGUGUUUACAGCCCCUCUCUUUGCGCGCUGGAGAAAGGAAUGAAGGAGAGAGGGGAGGGGAUGGAUACUCACAGUAGCAAAAGGAUGGGUGCUCUAUUCUUCAUCACCACCAAUCAGUGUUUCAGUUCCCUGUCUUCUGCUGAGCUCUUCAUCACCGAGAGAAAACUGUUCAUUCAUGAGUACAUCAGCGGUUACUACAGAGUAUCAGUCUACUUCCUGUGUAAGAUACUCAGUGACAUCAUCACCUUAAGGACGCUCCCUGCCAUCUUCUUCAGCUGUGUGGCUUACUUCAUGAUCGGGUAUAAAGCUACAGUGGAGGCCUUCUUCCUGUUCAUGUUGACCGUAGCUCUGGUAGCCUAUACAGCUACUGCUAUGACCAUGGCUAUAUCAGCUGACCAGAGUGUUGUGGCGAUCGCCAACAUCUUCAUGACCAUAGCCUUCGUCUUCAUGAUGAUCUUCUCAGGCCUGUUGGUGAACCUGCCCAGUAUUGUUGAGUGGCUAGCCUGGUUCCAGUACCUCAGCAUCCCUCGGUACGGACUAACAGCUCUCCAAAUUAAUGAGUUUGUAGGUCUCCAGUUCUGUGGAGACAUUCCCUCAACGGCACCUUGCCCCCUGGUAUGAUAUGCACGGGGGAAGACUUUCUGAAGAACCAGGGGAUCGACUACACCACGUGGGGGCUGUGGCAGAAUCACGUUGCCCUGGCGAUCAUGACCGUAAUCUUCCUGUUGAUUGCGUACUUCAAACUACGCUUCAUCAAGAAGUUCACAUAGAGGUCAGGGGUCACGGGUUAAGCCUAUUAUACUCCUUCCCUUGUCCUCCUCUCAAACGAAAUGCUGUAACUUCCACUGACAUGUCAGCGUCCGCAGGACACUUUUUUUAAGGGAGCAAAAAUUAGAUUGAAGCGGAAGGUGAAAUUAGGCAUUAGAGGUCAUCGUCGCCAUCAUCAUCAUCAUCCGACAGCUAUUGUGCCAAACCAAUAAAUGCAAUGAUUUCUCUACCAAUGUGUCUUAUCUACACAUGUUUUAAAUCAUGUCUCAAGGUGAUUUAUUUUUGAACCAUUCGUGUUUUUAUGACGUGCAAUUUGUUAAAUGUUUUAUCGAUGCAACACAAUGUGUAUUGAUGCCUACUGUUGAACAGGGUCCCUAGGACUCUGGACUCAAGUAGUUCCCUAUGGUUGGACAGGGCCCCUAGGACUCUGGACUCAAGUAGUUCCCUACGGUUGAAUAGGGCCCCUAGGACUCUGGCCACAAGUAGUUCCCUACGGUUGAACAGGGCCCCUAGGACUCUGGCCACGAGUAGUUCCCUACGGUUGAACAGGGCCCCUAGGACUCUGGCCACAAGUAGUUCCCUACGGUUGAACAGGGCCCCUAGGACUCUGGCCACAAGUAGUUCCCUACGGUUGAACAGGGCCCCUAGGACUCUGGCCACGAGUAGUUCCCUACGGUUGAACAGGGCCACUAGGACUCUGGCCACAAGAAGUUCACUACAAAGGGACUAGGUUGCCGUUUUGGACACAGUCCUAGACAUGUUUCUAUUAACGUUUUGUACUCUGUAUAAACACUCCUACACUAACACAUGAUCGACGGCACAGGAGGCUGGUGAGGGGGAGGACGGUGCAUAAUAACGUCUGGAAUGGAAUCAGCCACAUGGAAACCACGUGUUUGCUACCAAUCCCUUAAUUCUGUUCCUGCCAUAAAUAUGAGCCAAUCCUCCCCACCAGCCACCUGUGAUGAACAGUAUAACAAUGAUAAUUAUGCAAAAAAAAAAAAAAGGAAGAAUAAAAUUUAAUAUCAACUUUG